UGCCUAGCUACUAUCUCAUGAAAUAAGCCUCCUGAAUCCCUCCCCUUUAAUCUCAUUUUAUUGUUAGCACUGUGCCUGCCUUUAAUCCCUGCAGACCUGUAGGAGCUGAGCAGGAGAGUCAGAGAACAGAAGUUGCUUCAUUUUGGGGUCUUGGGUAAUGUAUAAUUCACCAAAUUAUCUCGACGUGAACCAGAAUGAGGAAAGAAUGAGGAGUGAAAUGGACUGUAGCACUUCAGAAAACUCAGCUUCAGCUUUGGAGAAGAAGGGCCACAAACAGGAGGAGGAGAGUAAUUCAUGGAAGAAACAGACCACCAACAUCAGAAAAACAUUUAUUUUCAUGGAAGCACUUGGAUCAGGUGCCUUUUCUGAAGUUUUCCUAGUGAAGCACAGAACCACUGGCCAGCUGUUUGCUUUGAAGUGCAUUAAAAAAUCACCAGUCACCCAGGAAAGCAACCUUGAAAAUGAAAUAGCUGUGCUGAAGAAAAUAAAGCAUGACAACAUAGUGACUCUUGAAGACAUUUAUGAGAGCACAACCCACUAUUACUUAGUUAUGCAACUAGUGUCUGGAGGGGAAUUAUUUGACCGUAUCUUAGAACGUGGUGUUUACACUGAAAAAGAUGCAAGUAUUGUAAUUCAGCAGGUCCUGAGAGCUGUGCAUUACCUUCAUGAGAAUGGGAUAGUCCAUCGAGAUCUGAAGCCUGAAAAUCUCCUCUACCUAACUCCAGAAGAGGAUUCCAAGAUUAUGAUCACAGACUUUGGCUUGUCUAAAAUGGAGCAGAAUGGCAUCAUGUCUACAGCAUGUGGAACUCCAGGAUAUGUUGCUCCAGAAGUAUUAGAACAGAAGCCAUAUAGCAAAGCUGUGGAUUGCUGGUCCAUAGGAGUCAUUACCUACAUCCUUCUGUGUGGAUACCCACCUUUUUAUGAAGAGACAGAGUCCAAAUUGUUUGAGAAGAUCAAGGAAGGCUACUAUGAAUUUGAAUCCCCAUUUUGGGAUGACAUCUCUGAAUCAGCCAAGGAUUUCAUUUGUCACUUAUUGGAGAAGGAUCCAAAUGAGAGGUUUACAUGUGAAAAAGCCCUCAGGCAUCCAUGGAUUGAUGGAAACACAGCCCUCCACCAUGACAUAUAUCCAUCUGUCAGUGCACAGAUCCAGAAAAAUUUUGCAAAAAGCAAGUGGAAGCAAGCCUUCAAUGCUGCAGCUGUUGUCCACCACAUGAGAAAACUUCAUAUGAAUUGCCACCACUCUGACGCUAGUAAAAAAGACAGUCUCCCAUUCAUACAAGUGCAAAAUGCCUCAAGGCCCAAUACUCCAUCCAUUGCCAGCCAUGAAGACCAAAAUGAAGAUAACAAGAUACCAAUCCCCAAGUUACCAUAUCAAAAUGCUUCAGCUCCUUCUGUACAACAGAGCAAGAUGGCAGACAGCAAGUGUUCAGAUCACCUGGUUAUUAAGUCCCUCCCCAUCACUGCCAGCACAGAUAUGGAAGCCAUCCAGAAUCCUCCCAACAGAUCUUCAUUUGGCUGCAGUACCGCAUGUGGAACACAUGAGAAAGUGAAGACUGCCUUUUGUUCAGAGUCAGUACUCCUCAAAAAAGGUGCCAAGCCCAAUCACUUCAAAUCAGAAGUCCUUGUUCCAGCAAAAAAUAGCCAUUCAUAUUUUGGCACUGGGCAGACUGGAGUUUGUUUGGUGAUGUGAUGUGAAAGUCAGCCAUAUCACACACACACACACCUACCUUUCCAGAAGAACUGUUGGAUUCUUCUCUUCAAAGCUUCAAACUCAAGCUUCAGUUCCGCAGUAAGAGAGAAGGAUUUGUCCAGAGUUCUGCAAGGGAGAGCUAGGCUCUCAGAAGGCAGUGGCCUUUCACUGAAGUGCUGCACAUUCAUAGGCUUGAGGAUUCCUAUGGUGCCAUUCUCCUGAAAUGUUAGAAGGAUCAUUCAUACAAACUGGGGAAACUUUUUUAUAAAGGAAAGAUGCCAGGAUUCUAUUAACAGUUUCAGUGUAUUUAUUUUCAUCCUUCUAUAAAGUCAUAUCUUCCUUGGCAGAAGGAAUUGUGUUUCUGACACAGUUCAGUAAAAUAUGAGAACAAUUGCCGGGGGGGGGGGGGGGUUGCUUUUGUUUUGUGCUGAGUGCAUGUGGUUGAAGCUGAAAGCAUCCCAUGCUGACUCCUGUGUCUCUUUCAUUUAUGAUAUGGGCACAAUCUGCCAAGCACAGAUGUUUCACAGUGGCCAUUUGUUUCACUGCAACUUGCAUGGAGCUUCUGUACUGGUUCCAGUGGGUGGAGGGACUUUACACAGCAUUCCUGUUCUCUUAUGGAAUUGAAUUCUGCUUCCAAGCCAGUAAUUGUUUAGUUAUACCAUGCUUAAUAAAGUCAAUUGUUUCUAA